AUGGGACUACCAGAAGAAGCAGGAGGGCAGAAUGCAACUGAGGAAUUUACUCUAGUUGUCACCCAUAAAAUGGUUGAAAAUCAAGCUGAUAUCGUGAGGGAGAAAAGUGAAAGUAGCACAGAGUUCCUGGGCACAGGCUUGCUACAGGAAGUGGUGUAUCUAGUGAGUCAGGGAGCUGAUCCAGAUGAGAUUGGGCUAAUGAAUAUAGAUGAACAACUUCCAGUCCUAGAGUACCCUCAACCUGGUCUGGACAUCAUCAAGGAACUGACGUCUCCUCGCCUUAUAAAAAGCCACCUACCAUAUCGGUUUUUGCCUUCAGACCUCCACAAUGGCAAUUCAAAGGUAAUUUACAUGGCUCGCAACCCCAAAGACUUGGUGGUAUCUUACUACCAGUUUCACCGCUCUCUACGGACCAUGAGCUACAGGGGAACGUUUCAGGAGUUCUGCAGAAGGUUUAUGAAUGACAAGUUAGGAUAUGGUUCCUGGUUUGAACAUGUGCAAGAGUUUUGGGAACAUCACAUGGAUGCCAAUGUACUUUUUCUCAAGUAUGAAGAUAUGCAUAAGGACCUGGCAACAAUGGUUGAGCAACUGGUGAGGUUCUUAGGAGUUUCUUACGACAAAGCACAGUUGGAAUCCAUGGUGGAACACUGCCAUCAACUCAUUGAUCAGUGCUGUAAUGCAGAAGCACUUCCUGUUGGCAGGGGACGAGUUGGGCUAUGGAAAGACAUCUUCACUGUUUCAAUGAAUGAGAAAUUUGAUUUAGUUUAUAAACAGAAGAUGGGAAAAUGCGACCUCACAUUUGAUUUUUAUUUAUAAAAAAUGCAUGCAUAUGAUAUCCAAAUAAGCUAGAAGUGCUUUAUGCAUUCAUUUAUUACCUGCUGGACAAACUACUGUAGCUAUUAUGUGUAACAAGAGUUAAAGAAAGAAAAACAAUCUUAAGUAAAUCGUAUCAGAUACAAUUAUCUUUGAUCCUAAACAGCUGUUUAUCUUCUAGUAUUUAGUCUUUUGUCCACAUGCAAGAACUCCCUAGACAAUACUAGAAUAUUCAGCUGUUAUGGAAUGUAUUAUAUACGUAUAAGGUAUGUAUCAUAUAUGCAACUAGAAUGUACACCUUUUCAGCCCCACAUGGAUUAUUUAAUGUGUUUUAUAAAAGCUUUUCACUAGAAUCUAAAUAAAUGUCCAUAAACCAAAAAAAAUUAUUUCAGAGGGAAACAAGUAACAGGCCAAAACUGUAUGCUAGAAUGAUCUCAGGGGUUAAUCGUCACAUUUAUUUUUAUAGCAGGUAUAUCAAGUAUAAAUAAAUCCCAUUCCAAAAUAGUCACUGAUCAAAGUGGGGUUCACAUUAGGUUCUGCACACCCUCACCUGUAUAAUGUGAGUGGGUUCUGUGCACUGGCACACUCUGUGAGACAAGCCUUGUUAUGGAAUGCAGUUGUGGUUGUCACUCUAAUCCCAAAACCCACCCAGGCUUUCAUGGAUGACAGUACACAGCUGUCUUCCUGACAGAUUAAGUUCAGCUCCAUGCUGAAGGUCAGCAAACAGAAGCUUUUUAAGCCC